GAAUACCAAAAGUCUUAGCACCAUGUCGGGUCAAAUGGCAUGUUCAAAAAACUGCCCUAUGGCUGAGAAAGUACGCUCCAUCAUAUAUUGGCGAAAACCAAUCGUAACAGGCGCUGUGCUGGCUGUUUUAUUGACAGUGGAGUUCAGCUUCAUGUGUCUUUCUGCUAUCUCAUUUGUUGCCUAUAUUGGAUUAGCGCUUCUUGUUUCUGUCAAUCUGAUGCGUUUAUACUAUCAAUUUAUCGCAAAAACAGAACAAAAUUUCAUCAGGGAAUACUUGGAGCGGGAGAUUACAGUGCCAGAAGAAAAAGCAGUUAAUGUUGCUCGACGUCUGAGUGAAGUUGUGAAUAAAGGAAUUGUACGUACCAGAGAGAUAUUCUUGUUGACCGAUCCUGGUGCAUCAAUAAAAUUCGCUGUACUUCUAUACCUACUGACAUAUAUUGGCGCUCAGUUCAACUUCUUAACACUAUGCGUUCUGUUUACUAUCGGUAUCUUCUGUGUUCCAAAGUUUUAUGAACGCUACCAACCGGAGAUCGACAAAAUGAUGGAACUGGCGAAAUCAAAGUUGGCUGUCGUAUCAUCACAGAUAAAAACACAAGUUGAAAAGUUGCCGAUUAUUGGUGGUGGUCGAAAACAAAAGACUCAAUAAUCAAUAAUCUAUCCGACCAACUAACUAAUUAACUAAUCCAAUAUAUAUUAUACAAAUCUUUCCAAAUUCUAUAGACAACGAUGCUUUUCCAAAGCGACCUUUUCAUUCAUUCUCUUUUUUUUGUGAAUAUAAGUGUGGACUUGUAAAGCAUACAAGCAAAAGUGGUAUUCUUCCUUUUCGUGCACAUCUUAUUUUGUGUGUGUUUUUUAUAUGCCCCCGUCUGUAUCCAAGGCGUCAUACUAGCCCUUUCUUCGUCUUUUUUCCCAUAAUACAUUGUUAUCCAUCCUAUAAACAUAAUUCUAAUAUAAUCAUUGUUUAAAAUAAAUGUUUGACGAAGUUAAACUACGCUUGAAAAAGAGAUAGUGAUUAUAUUAACCUUUUUUCAGUAAAAGAAAAACAAACAAACAGAAUGCGUCUACACAUCUGUUGUUCUACUAAGGUUUAAAAUGUCAAUUUUUUUUUUCAAUAACUACUGUAAUGCCUAUUUUUUAUCACAUCUUCUUGUGUAUUAUUUCCAAUUAUAUUGAAGAUACACUUACCCAUUUGAAGUGUGUUCUUGUAAUAACUGCAGUAUGAUGUAAUUUCGUCAUCGUUUUCUUUGUCCUUAGUGAUGGUAAACGAAUCCACUUUAGCUAUUGUUAUUUUUUCUUCUUCUCAGUUCAUAGUUUUCUUUCCAUUUUGUCUAGUUUAUUGCUAAUUAUUGUAAUUCAUCAUUUAAAUGUCUGUUGGUUUUUUGUGAAGGGCAUUUAAUGACAUAUUAAUAUUGUUGUUAUAAUAACUGAAUAUUUGUGGGUGGUUUUUGUUUUCAUUCAAGGGAAAAAAGAGUGUUUGUCUAUUUAUU